AUGAAAAGGAACUACACGUACCCUGCACGGGUGUUCAACAAGACCAAUACGUACCGUGCACGGGUGUUCAACAAAGCCAACACGGACCCUGCACGGGUGUUCAACAAAGCCAACACGUACCCUUCACGGGUGUUCAACAAGACCAACACGUACCCUGCACGGGUGUUCAACAAGACCAACACGUACCCUGCACGGGUGUUCAACAAGACCAACACGGACCCUGCACGGGUGUUCAACAAGACCAACACGGACCCUGCACGGGUGUCCAACAAGACCAACACGGACCCUGCACGGGUGUUCAACAAGACCUACACGUACCCUGCACGGGUGUUCAACAAGACCAACACGGACCCUGCACGGGUGUUCAACAAGACCUACACGUACCGUGCACGGGUGUUCAACAAGACCUACACGUACCGUGCACGGGUGUUCAACAAGACCUACACGUACCGUGCACGGGUGUUCAACAAGACCAACACGGACCCUACACGGGUGUUCAACAAGACCUACACGUACCGUGCACGGAUGUUCAACAAGAUCUACACGUACCCUGCACGGGUGUUCAACGAGACCAACACGGACCCUGCACGGGUGUUCAACAAGACCAACACGGACCCUACACGGGUGUUCAACAAGACCAACACGGACCCUGCACGGGUGUUCAACAAGACCAACACGGACCCUGCACGGGUGUUCAACAAGACCAACACGGACCCUGCACGGGUGUUCAACAAGACCAACACGGACCCUGCACGGGUGUUCAACAAGACCAACACGGACCCUGCACGGGUGUUCAACAAGACCAACACGGACCCUGCACGGGUGUUCAACAAGACCAACACGGACCCUGCACGGGUGUUCAACAAGACCAACACGAACCCUACACGGGUGUUCAACAAGACCAACACGGACCCUGCACGGGUGUUCAACAAGACCAACACGAACCCUACACGGGUGUUCAACAAGACCAACACGGACCCUGCACGGGUGUUCAACAAACACACUGACAGACGUUGUUUAAACCAUCCACAGCUUCAUCAACAACUUCAGUGCCAGAUUCGACAACGAUUUUGGGCGUCGGAAAAGUUACCUUGUACCUUGUUAUAA